UGUGCGCACUGAGCUCUCCUGGGAACAGCGAGACUGUACCUCCGCCACACAGCCUGGGAACAGCGCUCUAGAGGCAAGACCCCAACUCAGUCUGGGGACAGCACUCUCUGCAGACUGUGCCACAGCUACACAGCCUGGAAACAGUACUCUAUAGACUGAGACAAGACCCCCUCCGCAGCCUGGGAACAACACUCCCUGGGGACAAGACCCCUCUCCACAGCCACUCUGGAGACAGACCUCAGGCACUGAGCACCCAUAGCCACCCUGAAGGAAAAAGACUGGGCGCACCACACUGCACUCAUGCCUCGCUCAUUUCUAGUGGACUCCCUGAUCCUCAGGGAAAGCAACGAGAAGAAGGUGGAAAGUAGCCCACCCCUCUUCCCCUAUGCCGUCCACCCUUCGCACCCACUGCACGGAUUGUCUGCUGGCUCCUGCCACUCUCGGAAAGCCGGGCUCUUGUGCGUCUGCCCAAUGUGCGUCACCGCAUCCCAGCUCCACGCACCGCCGCCAGGCAUGCCUCUCCUCAAGGCGUCCUUCUCCUCCUUCAGUUCUCAGUACUGCCCUACAGCAAUUGGGAGACAACACUCAGGAUCCUCUGCACUGAACCUGAGCCACGGUCCAGCAAUCUACCAGACGUCCUACCCCAUGCCAGACCUAAGGCAGUUCCACUGCAUCUCUGUUGACAGCCCAUCCAGCCAGUUACCCAGCAGUAAACGAAUGCGCACAGCGUUCACCAGCACCCAGCUCCUGGAGCUAGAGAGAGAAUUUGCCUCCAACAUGUACCUGUCCCGGCUCCGGCGCAUUGAGAUAGCCACUUACCUGAACCUCUCAGAAAAACAGGUCAAGAUCUGGUUCCAGAAUAGGAGAGUCAAGCACAAGAAAGAAGGGAAGGGUAGCUCCCACAGGGGCAGCUCUCACAACUGCAAAUGCUCAUCCUUUCCACCCACAAAAUGUCUGGAAGAUGAGGAUGAUGAUGAGGACCUGGUCCUGUCUCCUUCAUCUUCCGAGAAGGAAGACAGAGACCUCUCCCCAAGCCCAUAGUCGGAGACCCAACAAGAGACUUGACAGACACUUCUGUAUAUAUAGCGCAGACUGUCCAGAGUUCCUAUUACGUUGUCUCUAUCAGAACUGGUGACUCAAAGCUAUCGCCCCACCGAAAAAGUGUAUUUAGGUUUUUGAAGUGUUCAACGUUCAAUACUUCUUACUUGUGAUUUCUCCUCCCAGUCAGUAAUUGCAGAUAUCUUGUAUUUUAUUCCAAAUUAACCAUCGUUGGCUAAACCAUGAGGUACUAGAAUGUGCCAAAUUCGGCUUUGGGUCCCUGUGAAUAUGCCUGAAGGUCUGUUGUCUGUAUAAUAUAUGUCUUACCCUAUUGUUUAUGUACAUUAUAAAUAUUUAU